CAUCGUGGACAGAAUACACGUAGCUAUCAUAUAGGCAGUUGUGAGAUUUUAUGUCUCAGUUGUUUGCAGGAAACUAAUUUCAAAGGGAACUCCGUACACAUUUUGUUAGUGAUACAUCUAUGGUAUUUUCCUUUGAAAAUAAAUUGUUAGCUGUUAAGUUUUCUUUCCGGAUACUCCGCCGAGACUUCCGUGUUGUUAACAAGCUACAGAUAGCUGAGAUUAGCAGGCCCGGUUAAUUAACAGUAGAGUUUAGAAAACAGUAAGCAACCGAAGCCAUUGUCGUUAAUACGACACCCUGAAACAUUUCUUGUUCAGUACUCAGAUUUUGAGAGCACACGCAGGUCACACUGGAUGGCCCAGCUGGUAACAGUUGGGGCCAGCUGUCAACAACCUUGGAGCCUGUACUGUAACAUCAGUCCGCAAUGGCCAGUCAUUUCCGUAGCUACAUCUGGGACCCGGUCCUCAUAGUGAGUCAGAUUGUGUUGAUGCAGUGCAUCUACUACAGCUUCUUGGGCCUGUGGCUAGCUGGAGUGGACAGUCUGGUGCAAUCUAGUCGGUCACUGGACCAGAUCUUCAGCUAUGAAGUUCUUGGUUUUGCAACAAUGCAGGGCAGGCUUAUAAUGAUGGCAUUCAUCUUGAACUCUCUUACCUGCGCCCUCGGUCUGUGGCUCUUCAUCCGUCGGGGGAAACAGUGUCUGGACUUCACAGUCACCGUGCACUUCUUCCAUAUGAUCGGCUGCUGGAUAUAUAAUGCUCAUCUUCCAGCUGCCCUGUCCUGGUGGCUCGUCAAUAUAGCCUGCAUGGCGUUGAUGGCUGUAAUCGGAGAGUACAUGUGCAUGCGAACUGAGCUCAGGGCCAUUCCAGUCAAUAGCGGACCCAAAUCUAACCUGUGAAUUGUCGUUGACACCACGCUGAGAUUCUGUGGACAGUUAACCCCUGAGGAACUUGCUCAGAGAAGGCGUUUUACUGCUUGCAAAAGAAAUGGAGUAUUUACCUCUAGCAGCGUAGAUGUUGGAUUGUCAUCCAUCUCCGCUUCAAGUGAUACACCAGAUGAACUGAUCUAUUUAUUCAUAGCUGUCUGCUAAAUGUUGGACAGUAUUAACUCUGUAGCAUAUAAGAUACAUGUGUUAUUGCUUAUAAAAACAGACAUCAGUUUACACCUUUCUCUGAACCUAAUGACUAUACAUUUUAUUCUAAUUAAUUGCAUUUUGUUUUCAUUUUAAGUACAUUAGCAUGAGCACCUCAUUCUGUCAUUUUAAGAUUUGCGAUAUUUUUUCUUUUUUCUGGGUAUGUGCACGUCUUCAAAUGACAAAUUGAAACUUCAGAGCAAAUACAAACUGUCUUAAAAAGCAACAGCAGAGCAACGACAGUGCCAUUUUCCUCUCCUUGUGUUGAUAUAAUUACAAGCCUGCUGGGUUGGCAAACAAACAUAGACCAUCAUGUUGCAGGAUAUUUAGUUUUUAAAAUUAAAAUGUUCCAGUUGCACCUCACUGCAAUUUAGAGAUGUCAAUGUGCAAAAUAACCUAUUACAGCUUUUAUCACGUUUUCUUACAGCUCAUCUUAAAGUUUAAUGUUGGUUAAUGAGUUCAGUGUUCAAAUUGGUAUACUAUAGUUUUCUGAGACAAUAAUUGAUCAUUGUGUAAAUCAAAAUGUAGGAAAAAGUUUUCUGCUUUAUAAUCUCUCAACACAUUAUUCAUUAGUAUAAAGUCAGGCUUAUUUUUUAGAUUUCUGGAUUAAGUUUGCACAUUCAGUCUCACAAGGCCUUCCUUGUCAAACUUGUACCGCAUUUUGCACAGCUAGUACUGUUUGUUUCCGUCUCUUUAUGACAUGAUGUAUUAUGCAGACAUGGUGUCCACUUUGGGGACAGUCUGUCAGCCACCAGCUGUGUUCUGACAGCAGACUUUAUCUCCAUUUCUGAAAACACUAUUACUGUUUGUGGAACAAUAUCCGCUUUCUCAUUCAUCGAUGGCUUUUUUAAAAACCUGUCUAGGUGAACUGCCGGUUACUUGAGUAUUACAGGUCUUUUAACACAUACUUGUAUAUCUUUUUAUUCUGUGUGGUGACUGUCAGAUCGAACCUCUGAUGCUUUGAAAGUGUGGACUAUGCAGUGUCUUGUUUUGAAAUCUGGAUUUUUAAAUCAUAAGCAUACAUCAUACAUCAUUAUGCUGUAGGGGUUGAUAUUUAAAAGUUGUACAAUAGUUGGGAAAUGCACCUAUUUGCUUUCUUGCUGAGAGUUACAUGAGAAGAUCAGUAUCACUGUCGUAUCUGUCUGUUAAAUAUGAAGCUACAGCCAGCAAGUGGUUUGCAUAGCUAGGACAGGAAACUUGGGAAAAGCUAACCUGUUGUCCAAAGGCAAAUAAACUAAACCCAGAACACGUUUUAUCUCGUUUGAUUAAAACUAAAGUGUAAAAGUGAAAAGUUUAUUUUUUAUUUUUUUACAGAUUAACAUGAUUUAACAUGUUAAGGAGCUGUAUAGUUGCUGGUGGGCAUAUUUUGUCACCUUUCAGAGCCAGGCUAGCUGUCCCCCCCCCCCCAUUUACAGUCUUUAUGGUAAACUAAGCUAACCGGCUGUAGCUUCAUAUUUAUCACACAGUGGUAUUAAUCCUCUCAUAUAAUUCUUGAUAAGAAAGCAAAUGAGCGUAUAUCCCAAGUUAUGUUCAAACCCAUGACUACUCUUUCUAAGCCAGUGUCCCCUACUAUUUAAUUCUUUCUCUCAACAUCUGCUCUAGGAGUUUUCACAUGCAACGAGACCUUUGUAUUCUUUAACAUAAAGGUUAGCUUUUAUAAUGUAUUUAAAUACAAAGAACUUGAGCGAUUGAGCUAAUGACGUAAUUUAAUUCUCAGACUCGUUUCUAGUCCAGAAACAUCACAGGCAAGGUGUCAUAUUUUUUCCUCUAAAUUAUGGUACAAUGCCAGUACUUGUGUGCAUAUGCUGUUUAAUAAAACGCUACCAGUUCAUAUGGAAACUUGUAAAUCUCAGUCAGGAAACUGUAGGUGAAGAAAUAAUUGGCUAUUAUGCUUCAGAAGUCAAAGAUAGGACUUUUAAUGAGGGGCACACCACAAGCGUGUCUUCAGAUCUCUGAACGUUUUCCACCCCGGAGCCCUGAUCCCUCAUUUUCUCCCACUUCUGUUAGGUGUCCAGGUGGAAAGAAGCAGAUGGGAAAGCACUAACGAGUUCAAAAAACACUGGUUGCGGUCCUCAUUACCAACACUUUGCUUCAGGGAGAGCUAAAAACAGAAACUCUGUAGUAAGUGAGUCGUACAGCAGAGGACUUACUGCAUCGAUUAAAGGUUCCACUAUUUUA